AUGGCGACCAGUGGAGACCCAGAGGAAGAGCAGGUAGUCCCAAGUGAAGCUGAUGAAGCUGAUGUGAGGGCAGUGCAGGCCCGCUACCUCCGGAGCCCCUCCCCCAGCCAGUAUUCAAUGAUCUCAGAUGCAGAAACAGAAAGUAUCUUCAUGGAACCCAUUCACCUGUCCUCAGCAGUUGCAGCCAAACAGAUCAUCAAUGAAGAACUCAAGCCACGGGGGGUGAGAGCAGACUCGGAGUGCCCGGGCCUGCUGGAGUCUGCUGAGCAGCUGCUGGUGGAGGACCUGUACAACCGUGUCAAGGAAAAGAUGGAUGACACCAGUCUGUACAAUACCCCCUGUGUUCUGGAUCUGCAGCGGGCCCUGCUCCAGGACCGCCAGGAGGCCCCCUGGAAUGAGGUGGAUGAGGUCUGGCCCAAUGUCUUCAUAGCUGAGAAGAGUGUGGCUGUGAACAAAGGAAGGCUGAAGAGGCUGGGGAUUACACAUAUCCUGAAUGCUGCUCAUGGCACCGGUGUUUACACUGGACCAGAUUUCUACACUGGUCUGAAGAUCCAGUACCUGGGUGUGGAGGUGGACGACUUUCCGGAAGUGGACAUCUCCCAGCAUUUCCGGAAGGCUGCUGAGUUUCUUGAUGAAGCCCUGCUGACCUAUAGAGGGAAAGUCCUGGUCAGUAGCGAAAUGGGCAUCAGCCGGUCAGCAGUGCUGGUGGUCGCCUAUCUGAUGAUCUUCCACAACAUGGCCAUCCUGGAGGCCUUGAUGACCGUGCGCAAGAAGCGGGCCAUUCAACCCAAUGAUGGCUUCCUGAAGCAGCUGCGUGAACUCAACGAAAAGCUGAUGGAGGAGAGAGAAGAGGACGAUGGCAGGGAGGGGAAAGCGGAUGAGGUUGAGGGGGGCAGUGAGGAGGGUAGCACGCUGGGAGCCAGAGUGCAUGCCUUCACUGUGGAGGAGGAGGAUGACUCCACCAGCCGCCUAAGUGGUUCCUCCGUGGGAAAGGCCAGCAGGGUCUCCAAGCCCCUCACCCUCAUUGAUGAGGAGGAGGAGGAGAGGCUGUAUGAAGAGUGGAAGAAGGGGCAUGGCCUCCCCACCGGCACAGUCCCUCAGGGUAGAGACAGCUGGCGCUCAGCCUCCUCUGGCCAGAGAGGGGAGGAAUCUGAGGAUGAAGAUGUGGAGAGCAUCAUCCGGGAGUGGCAGAGCCGAAAUGAACGGUACCAGGCAGAACAGCACCAGAGCUGGGGCAGGGAGGAGGAAGAGGAAGAGAGUGCCACUGGCUCCUUCGUGGGAAGAAGGCGGAGACACACCCUGAGUGAGAGCAGCACCUCAGAGAGCGUUAGCAGCCAUGACAUAAGGGUCCUGAAGCAACAGCUGGAGAUGAGCAGUCAGAAACGAGCUGGGAGGCAUCGUUCUGACUCCGAGUCCACAGAAAGUACCUGGGACAUGUGGAACCAGAGGUUGCUAGAGAUUGAGAAGGAAGCCUCCCGGAAGUACCACUCCAGGAGCAAGAGAGAGAAGGUGGAUGAAAGCUCAGAGGCAGGGAGCAGGGUCCGAGAGGAUGAUGAGGAGAGUGUGUCCUCGGAGGCCAGCUCCUUCUAUAACUUCUGCAGCAGGAACAAGGAUAAGCUCACCGCCCUAGAGAGGUGGAAGAUCAAGAGAAUCCAGUUUGGAUUUCACAAAAAAGAUUCCGAGGCAAGAGAAGGCAAUAGUGACCAAGAAGCAGUGGAGGUAGACGGGGAGAAGAAGAAUCUCUCUGACGUUGACCUGACAGCCUACCAGGCCUGGAAGCUGAAACACCAGAAGAAGAUAGGCAGUGAGAACAAGGAGGAGGUGGUGGAGCUCAGCAAAAGUGAGGACUCAGUCUUAGCCAAGAAGAGGCAGCGGAGGCUGGAGCUACUAGAGAGGAGCCGGCAGACUCUGGAGGAGAGCCAGUCCAUGGGAAGCUGGGACGCAGACAGCUCAGCGGCCAGCGUGAGCAUCCCCCUGUCUGCACUGUGGUCGGCGGCCCCCUCCGUCAAUGCUGAUGGGGACACAGCAUCAGUACUCAGCACCCACAGCCCCCGGUCCCACUUGUCUCAAGCUGCAAGCAAUAUAGGGGGAUGCUCUGCCUCCAAUGCCACCAUACCCCUGCCUAACCUGCCAGUGGGUCCUGGAGACACCAUUUCCAUUGCCAGUAUCCAGAACUGGAUUGCCAACGUGGUCAGUGAGACCAUUGCCCAGAAGCAGAAUGAAAUACUACUGCUGUCCCGCUCACCAUCUAUUGCAAGCCUAAAGGCAGCACCAUUGACCAGCUGCUUGGAGGAUGACCAAGCCUCUAUGCUUAGUAGACAGAGUGGCUCUUCCUCCUGCCUUCGGCCUCAGAACCAGAUAAGACCCAGCUCUGACACACAGUCUGUGUUGUCCUCCAACACUACCUUGAGCUCCAGGACUGAGGGCAUGGGAAAUAAAGUGAAGGGGACCAGCAAGCCUAUCUAUAGCCUCUUUGCUGACAAUAUAGACCUGAAGGAACUUGGCAGGAAGGAGAAGGAGAUGCAAAUGGAGCUGAGGGAGAAGAUGUCUGAAUACAAAAUGGAGAAGCUGGCCUCAGACAACAAACGCAGCUCCCUUUUCAAGAAGAAGAAGGUCAAGGAAGAUGAGGAUGAUGGUGUGGGUGACCAGGAGGAGGACACUGACAGUGCCAUAGGGAGCUUCCGAUAUUCUUCCAAUAGUAAUUCCCAAAAACCUGACACAGACACCUCCUCCUCCUUGGCUGUCUCUGAUUGUUAUGGAAAUGACAGCAGAGCUGACAAAGAGAUGGAUCAUAGUAUUAAUAAGUGGCUCAGUGGCCUCAGGACAGGAGAAAAAUCGCCUCCCCAAAGUGAUUGGUCUGGAAGCUCCAGAGGAAAAUACACCAGGUCUUCCAUGCUCCGAGAGACAGAGUCUAAAUCCUCCAGUUACCAAUUCUCCAAGUCCCAGUCAGAGGAGCAGGACACCUCCCGCUACCAUGAAGCAAAUGGCAACUCUGUCAGGAGCACUUCACGAUUCUCUUCUUCCUCCACCAGAGAGGGCAGAGAGACGCACAAGUUCUCCAGGUCAAUGUUCAGUGAGACUUCAAGCUCCCGAGAGGAAAGUCCAGAGCCCUACUUCUUCCGCCGAACUCCCGAGCCCUCUGAAGGGGAAGAGUCCCCUGGAUCACGACGUCAAAAUUGGGCCAGGCCCAGGGACUGGGAAGAUGUGGAAGAAUCAUCCAAAUCAGAUUUUUCUGAAUUUGGAGCCAAAAGGAAGUUCACACAGAGCUUUAUGAGGUCUGAAGAGGAAGGAGAAAGACAGAAGAUGGAAAACAGAGAAGAAGGGAGGUUUGCUUCAGGGCGGCGGUCCCAGUAUCAUAGAAGCAAUGACAGAGAGGAAGAGGGGGAAAUGGAUGAUGAAGCCAUCAUUGCUGCUUGGAGACGACGACAAGAAGAAACCCGGACUAAAUUGCAGAGAAGGAGGGACGAUUAA